AUGCCGCCUCCACCAGCCUUCCACGCUCCGCCCCUCGCCCCGUCGCAGUGGCUGCGCACGCGUCCCCUUGCCCCAAAAUGCCGUCUCACCGCUGCCUUGCCGCCCGACCCUUUUACCAGGACGCUCUGGCAUCCCGCCCCCCCGCCCCGCCGCCGCCCCGCCACCCGCGACACGCCGCGUGCUCUGGCCGCCUCAAACCCCGUGUCUGCCCUCGCUGAAGACAUCGUGCUCCAGUUCCAGUCCUCGUCCGGCGCGCAUCGCAUCGGCCGCGCGGUCAAGCCGGACGGCAAGCGCAACUGGAUCGUCGCCGACGCCAACGGCGUCACGUCCUCCGUCACACUCAAGCAGAUUGCCUUCGUCCUGGGCCCCUUGUCCGAUUUCGAACCCUUCGCCGACAACCUCCACGCCUUGGACGACACCUGCCAUCAGAAGGCAUCCGAUAACCACGAUUGGCUCCCGGAAAUCUGGGAGCACGUCACGUCCGAGCAUCCAGACACCCGCACCACUGACAUUGAUGCAGUUACCGAGCUCGUCUUUUCGGACCAGCAUCCGCUCAAUUGCUAUGCCUCGCACUUGCUCAUGUCGCAUGACAAGGUCUAUUUUAAGGAGAAGAACAUCAAGGGCACCAUUCUGUACGAAGCCCGCACCCCCGAGCAGGUGCGCAGCGCCCAACUCAUGCAGGAGGCCGUCGUGGCGAAGGAGAAGUCGGAUGUCGAAUGUCUCGUGGAUAGCCUGAAACUGAUGGCUAUUGAUAUCGUAGCCAUGCGCUCAGAUGGACGCAUGCCGUCUGAUAUGGUUUCCGCUUUCAGUUCGUUUGAUGAUCGGGUGAAGGAGAUGGUAAAGGAUGCUAUGUCGGCCUUGGGGAAGAACGUCUCACCUGUGAAUGCGUUCGAUUUACUUGUGAAAUUGAGUGUCUAUUCGAAGCACGAAAACCUAGCCCUGCUCAAGUCGGACUUACCGCAUCUCCAGGAGUGGGAUCCAUCUGUACAAGCUCGCAUGCAGCACCUCAUGGAGAAUAUUCCCGACGACAUUGAUAUGCAUCUUCGUGUCGAUUUGACACAUCUGCCGUCAUACGCUAUCGAUAGCGAGGACACGUCUGAAGUAGACGACGCUAUUUCAUGGGACGCGGACACAGGCCGAAUAUAUGUUCACGUGGCAGACCCUACGCGCUAUUUUGGGGGCGAUCUCGAGGACCCCAUUCUUCAAGCCGCGUUUCGAAGGGCUGUGACGCUCUAUUUACCAACCGCAAAGUUUACUAUGUUUCCAGAAGAGUUGGCGACCCAGGUGUUUUCAUUAGAUGGGGUAGAUUCAGACGGCUCCGCGUUGUCGUUUAGCUUUUGUAUCGAAGAUGAUGGGUCCAUUCGUCAAGACUCUGUUACCGUCGAGAUGACGCAAAUCUCCACGCCGAUUCGAUACACCUACGAGGAGGUAGACGCAAUAUUGUCAGACACAGCGAAAGAGGGGGAUCACGCAACCAUGCAUAGCAUUUAUGAAAUUGCGAAGAGGAGGUAUGAGUGGAGGGAAAUGGAGGGUGGAGCGAUCAUGAUCAACACGCCGUUUAGUGAAGUCACCCUCAAAAUGAUGGAUGGAGAAGAGCCCGAAAUUUUACUGACCAAAAAGUUAACAGACACCCGGUCAUGGAUUUUGGUGUCGGAAAUGAUGAUUACAGCAUGUGCUGUAGCUGGGGACUAUGCACGAGAAGCUAGUCUUGAUGUUCCAUUCCGCGGACAAGAGCCAUUUGACUACCCUGAGGAUGAGGUGCUAGAGACAUACCCCAACGGACCGGUUCGAGCGGCGAUUGUUUUCCGCAAUGCGGCACCUUCACAGGUCGACACGAAAGCGAUGGAACAUGCAUCCCUCGGAUUGGAUGCGUACCUGCAAGUGACGUCACCCAUCCGACGAAGUUGUGACUUGGUGGCUCAUUUUCAAUUGAAAGCAAGAAUACGAGGCGAAGCGGGGCGUUUGUCUAUCGAAGAGGUGCGGAAAGAAAUUGCAAGAAGCGGAGAUGUUACGCGGGAAAUGCGACUAGUUGACAACCGAACUAAGAAAUACUGGCAACUCGAGUACCUUCGGCGCAUGGGUCCGCGAGUGGAGUACGACGGUGUGUACGUUCGCGGGCUGAGAGAUGACGACAGCAAACGAGGUCUUGUCUACUUCGAGGAGUUUGGUUUUCAGAUGGUGGCUAGCGUGCCGUCAACUGCAAAGCCCGGAAGCAAGCUGAAGCUGAGAGUGGAGGAGGUAGAGCCGAGAAGUGGCUUUUCACGGAUCGAGGCGACUAUGGUUCUGACGGCAAAAGAAGUUAGCGACUUUUCAGACAUACUUGAAGAUGCCCUUUCGGACAAUGCGAGGAAUGCUUGUCGGUCUUUACGCUGGGAUGCUCUGACUUCUUGGAGCCGGACUUGGUCGAGCCGCUGUCUUUGUCCUUUUCCUUCCCGUUUCCAGCACUCGUAUCCUUUCCGGCCUUCUUGGAAUCCGCCUUGGAAUGCUUCUCGGAAUCCUUCUUGGUUCCAUUUCCCGAGCUAG